CAAAAACCUGUUUGACAACAAGAGACUCAUGCCUGUCUUUCUUAGUGGAGUCCAACAAGAUCAUCAUAGGUCACAUGAGCAGUGCAGCUUCCUGAUGAGCGCCCUCGGACGAUGAACCCACUGCAAGGUCAGAUCUAAGGGAGAGAAGAACUCCAGGAAGGCCGAGGAUUACCAUAACACAAAACUGAGAUGUCUGCAGAAAAAGACACGGGGAGUGGACAAGUCCCAAGCUUCUGUGACUGGAUGUCGCAACUUCCAGGUGAACUUCACAAAAUUCCUCUCUGCAGUCUGGCCAUACCAGGAAGCCACGACUCAAUGAGUUACGAUCUGGACAUCAACUCCUCUGUCGUAGAGCCUGAUAACCUGAAAGGUUUGAGCAAGAUUUAUUUGGCACGUCGCAUUGUGCACAAGUGGGCAGUCACUCAGGAGGAGUCCAUCACAAAGCAACUGGAUGCAGGAGUUCGCUACUUUGACCUGAGGAUCGCUCGCAAGCCAAACGACCCUGACCCGACGAGGCUUUACUUUUAUCACGGGCUGUAUACGCGGACCGAUGUGGAGACUGGUCUCAGGAUGAUUCAUGACUGGGCAGAGAAACACCCCAAAGAGAUCCUCAUCCUGGCCUUAUCCCACUUUGAAGGGUUCCAAAAAGAGAAGGUAGAGCAGCUCCACAUCCAUCUCAUCGGUUUCAUCAAGAGCUUGUUUGGAGCCAAACUUCUCCAUAGAGCAAGGAACAUUCCUACACUGAAGAGCUGCUGGGACCAAGGCAGAAAUGUCAUAGUUUCAUAUGAUUAUUCUGCAAAUCAGCACCCUGAGAUGUGGGGUAGGAUACCGUAUUACUAUGGCGAUAGUAUGGACCCUGCAGAAGUGGAAUCAAAACUCCGCCAGAGUUUGGAAAAAGGAAGGUCUUCUGAGGCUUUCUACGUAUGUGGCUUGAACCUGACCCUGCCGGAAGAUACCAGGAUUCUCAGGUACAUCUUCCGUCCCUGUGACAACCUAACGAAGGUGCUACAGAGGAGUCUGCCCAAGCUGCUGCAGUGGGUGAAACAGCAAACCAGCCACAGACCCAACAUUGUCGCCUCAGAUUUGGUGACUCGAGACAACUUUGUCUCAACGGUUGUCCAGCUCAAUAUAUCAAAGGUGGAGAUAACCUAGUGGAAUUCUGUUUAACUUCUUUUGAUCAUUCAGUAAUAAACAAUGUCUUACACCUUUUGGGCCAUUUCACCAUUAAAACACACCACUGAUACUCUUUAGGAGUUUUUAGUGUUUAAAUGUUUGAGUACUACCUUCACCACUAAUACAUAAACUUGAUAUACUCACAAGUACACCUCCUGGCUGUUGUUUAAGGAAUUUUUGUCAAUUUAUUUGUGCUUUUACCGAAGUGAAACGUUAGAGUACUUCCUCCACCACUGAUAAAUUAACGUAUCUUAGUUACUAGUGCGCCUCUUGGCCUGUUGUGGAAGUAAACAAGUUUGUGUUACUCUAAGUUUUAUCUGAGUAGGUUUUGUAUUUUUGUCUAUUUAUUUGUACUUUUACUCUAGUGAAAAGUUUAAAUUCUUCCCCAAACACUGAUGCAAUAAAGUCUUCACUUUGCGCGUGGUACUUUUA